AUGAAAUUUUUAGCUCUCAUCUCAGGAGGCAAAGAUUCAGUCUAUAAUAUAAUUAGAUGUGUCCAAGAAGGUCACGAACUUGUCCUAUUAGUAAAUCUAUAUCCCAAAUGUACAAUUACAUUUCAUUCAAAUUAGAAAUUGGAAUUGAAUCUGAUAGCUUCAUGUAUCAGAGUGUUGGCACUAAUGCAAUCCAAGCUAUUGCUUAAGCCAUGGACAAACCAUUAAUGACUAGAGAAAUAUCUGGAACACCUAAAAUUACUAAUUUGGAUUAUCAAAGCAAGGACGAAGAAAGAAUUGGAGAUGAAGUGGAAGACCUCUAUCUCAUUUUAAAAGAAGCCCUCAUCUAAUACCCUGAUAUCAAGGGAGUCAGUUCUGGAGCUAUUGCUUCCACCUAUCAGAAAUUAAGAGUUGAAGAUUGGUAAUAUCAUCUACUAUUGUUAGUUGUAAUCGUUUAGGCUUAACAUCCCUUGCUUAUUUAUGGAAUCAAGAUUAGUUUUCUUUGUUGGAUUAAAUGCUCUAAAAUAACAUGAACAUCAUUCUUAUUAAAGUUGCAGCCAUGGGUUUGACUCAAAAGCAUUUAGGCAAAACUAUUCAAGAAUUAUAUGAUUAUUUCAAAGAUAUAGUAAGAUUAAGCAAAUAAUAAUUUUAGAAUAAAAAGUUUGGUUUCCAUCCCUGUGGAGAAGGUGGAGAAUUUGAAAGUUUUGUACUCGAUUGUCCACUUUAUAAAAAAAGAAUACAAAUGUAAAGCCUCAUUUAUCUAUAUAUAUCUUAGUAAUGAAACUGAAGUUAUAUGCCAUGAAGAAAACUCUUUUGCCCCAGUUUAUUAUCUUUUAAUCAAAAAGUAUGAAUUGAUCGAAAAAAAUUGA